AUGCCUUCUUUGAGACCUGCGCUCAAACCUGGACCUACUCCUAGGCCUGUCAUCAAGCCUACAUUGCGAGCACCCCAAUAUACUGAGGAGUAUGAUAUUGCAGAGCCACUUAUUGCAUCCAUCCUUUGGGGUCGGUCCAGUGAAAGGCAACAGGCCUCUGUUCAGAUUGAUUCUGUAAAUGAUCAAAUUCAGGCAAAGAAUAUCAGAUAUAAGAUCCGUAAGGCAAAUGGAUGCAUCGAUACUGCCGCCUUCAAGACAGCUGCCGAGCAGCUGAGUCAAGCUUCAAUAACCUUUGCGGGAAGCAAAGACACCACAUUAUUUUCGCAAGCCAAACGCGACCUCGAGGAAUGCAUCAGAAUAGGCAGAUUACCCAAGACGUGGAACAUUGAAUGGGAUGUGUUUUUGGAUUUUCAUCGUGAACGCGUUGGUCGUUCGAACACAGAAGGCAAUCAGCUUGAAAAAAUCCCUAACGCUCAAAGGAACCUUUAUGCGGAAGAGGAAGAUGGAUACAAUGAUGGAGAUGUGCAGGUGGAUUACCACGAAUAUUCCAGUGUUGAUUAUGAGGAGGAAGAGGAGGAGGAAGAGGAGGAAGAGGUGGCUGUCCAGAAUGGGCACUACGAAGAUGAGAAUCAAUAUAGUGACCAAGUGGAUGAAUACGAUGAUUAUGACAAUGGAGAGGACGAGGGGUAUGACGGAUAUACCGACGAAGAAAACGAGGAGGGGUACGAUGAAAGAGAAGGUGAGUAUAGCGAAGAUUAUAGCGAAGGCGAUGACGAGUAUGAGCACUCCGAGAAGGAUGAGCUCGAUCAAGAGGGUCCAGACCAUGAUUCUACCGAUGAAGCCCCAGAAUUUGCCUACCACACAGAGCGUGAGCUAGAGAGUGUCGAUAUUGGUUUGAUCAGACGCCGAGCACAAAACCAUUAUGGGCUUCUCUUGACCUCGGGGUUCAUCCUAGGUUGGCGAAAGACUAAGCUGGCAGGUCUAGUAGCAGUGAUGGGAUAUGAAUGUCGCGGUAAGCGGACUGCCCGUGUGAAGCAGCACAAGGACCCAAAUGAUGGGCAGGAGUCUGUGAUGAAGGACCGCUCUUUAUCAAUUCUCGGGAUCGGCUUAAUAGCUUGGGAAGUGGAUUCAAAGUCUGUGUUCGAACCAACGAAGUCUCUGUACCCGACUCCUAACGGGACAUAUCCGACUACAUUUAUUGCAGUGCGUUGGGAGGGUGAUAUCUGGACAUGGGAGUCUCGUAAGGAUUUCUAUUCUUUGAUGGGGGACCUCAGCCAGUUCGAAGUCGACAUCCUCUUAUACUUCAUGGCAAUAUCUCAGGAAGGAGACUAUCUUAAGGCCAUGACCGGGAAAAGACCGACAUUCCCAGUUAUCGCAAGCACCUGA